AAAGCUUCAAAAUGCAACCACAAAAACUGGUGCUCGAUUGUGUGCGAUGGAAUCGGAUGGGAUUCAUCCUGGCCGUGUUGAUCGUGCUGCUCAGUGAAAGUGUAAUCCAGUGUGCAACGCCAAAGGCUCUCGCGGGCAACUCUCACGAUUGUCCGAAUUGCGUUGAAGAAUCUGCUGCACCACCACGAUGGACUAUGCCACUACUGAAGCUUGGAGAAAAGCGCUACUACCUCAGCAUUUUCUUCAAGGCCAAUUGGUUCAAAGCACUGCAGUACUGUCGAUUCCACGGUAUGCAACUCGCCAGCAUACAGACACAGGAAGAAAACGAUCGGUUGGAGAAAUACGUCAAAGAUUACGGACUCGCAACGGAACACUUCUGGACCUCGGGUACCGAUCUGGCCGAGGAAGGUAGCUUCUUCUGGGUGUCGAACGGUCGACCGCUUUCCUUCACGAACUGGAACGCCGGUGAACCGAACAACUUCCGCUACGAAAACGGCGAGGAGGAACACUGCCUCGAGCUGUGGAACCGUGAUGGCAAGGGUCUGAAGUGGAACGAUACACCCUGCAGCUUCGAGACGUACUUCAUCUGCGAGGUUUAAACGAUACCCGGGACUGACUU